CAGAGUGAAGGAGGAGACGACGAGGCAUGGCCGAGUCUCACCACAGUCUGAUCUGACAUGAAGGAGAGGGAGCGCUGACUCCUCUCUUCUCCUGCUGGAUUACUGUCUGAGCAGGGGGAGCAGGAAGAGCAGGAGGAGCAGGAGGAGGGCCGGGGGUUCACCAUGGCUGAGCCCCUGCUGAAGAGGACCUUCUCUAGGCUGAGAGGCAAAGACAGAUCCCGCAGGAAGACUGACCCAAAACUGAGUGAUGUUCCAGUCAAGUCCGACUCUGUUCUCCAGACUUCUUCAUCACCAUCAUCACUCUCAAUGACAACAUUGAGAACUCCCGCCGACCCUGAUCCCCCCACACCCCCACGUAACCACAUCACUGUUGCUAAGAAACAGCAGUGGGCGAGACAGGGCUCUGCAGCUCUGCCCACAUCCCUGUCCUUGAGCCAGGACUGCCCAUCAGGGAUAUCCCAAGAUGCACCUGGGCAGGCCUGGAGCCAGAGGCUAGCUCAGGACAAGACCGAGCAGAGCAGUGACAGGACCAGAACCCCCUGUGGUCCUGUCAGUUCUACGUCAGUAAUGCAGGAAGCCUCCCAGCCAGCAGGGGGCUCCACUGACCUCCCUGCUAAACUGUCCGGCCAGCGCACCUACCUGCAGAGCCUGGAUCGCAGCAGCCGAGCCUGGGUGCUGUCUUCAGGAAAGUCCCAGGCCUCAGAGGAGGUCUGCGGUCCACAGGAGGACAGUGGCAGCAACAUCUGGUACAACCCAAUCCCUGAGGAGGAGGACGCAGGAGGUCCAUGCAGGGAGGAGGAGGUCUGGAGGAGGAGGGACGAGAGGGAGGAGGUAGGAGCAACAAAGAGGGUGGGGCCAGGAGAGCUCGGAGGGGUGUGGGUUGGGUCAGCAGAGGUUCAUAGCAGUGACUGUCAACUGGAGGGUGCCAAUCCAAGUGUCAGCCACUAUAUUGAUGACAUCACUACAGAAAAGACAGACCCCCCUCUCUUAGAUUGUAGCCCCCCCUCCCAAAAGAAAGGGGGCGUGUCUGGCAGUGUGAUUGACAGGCUGAGGUCUCCUGGUACAGUGAGGAAACUCUCCCUAAAGAUGAAGAAACUUCCUGAGCUGCGACGUAAACUCAGCCUUCGCUCAUCCUCCCGCGUUCAUCGGCAGGGAAAUGACAGCAGGGGCGGGGAUGAGUUGACCAAUAAGAAUGUAACAUCCUCAUCGGUGUCCAACCAGAAUGUGAUCAGCAGGUAUCACCUGGAUAGCUCCGCCCCUCCUGCACGACCCCUGCGGCGAUCAUCCAGAGGACGCUCUGCCAGUAAAGGGGGUUACCUUAGUGAUGGGGACUCCCCCGAGCUGCUGCCACGGCAACAAGGCCCUCAACCUAUGGUUUCCCAGGAAAUGGCAUGCGACGUCAGUUCGUUCCGGUUGUAUGUAGGCUCUGAUCCACCUCGGUGCAGCCAGCGGGUGACGGGGUUACUGACCAUCCACCUGCUGGGCCUCGAGGAGAUGAAGACCAGCAGGUCCGAGGGCAGUAAGGAAAUCUUCCUGGCCAUCCAGAUUGACGGGGUGACAAGAGCAAGGACCGCCCUUCUUAACCUGCGAGGUUCUGCCCUCUCAUUAAACCACACCUUCCACCUGGAGCUGGAGAGAGCCCGGCAGCUCCGCAUGGUGGUGCUCACACCAGCCAAUCCACAGGCAGUGGGUGGGACUAAACCAGGGACGGAUCAGAGUCAGACUUCAGGAGCUCCAACCAGGAACAGAGUGUGCUGUCUGGGUGGAGUCUCCAUCCCUCCACUCUUUAAAGGGAGUCGCAGUCAGCAGCUCUGUGUGAAGCUGGAGCCCAGAGGACUUCUUUAUGUCAAACUGUCUCUACAAGAAAAGUGGGACACACAGCCCAGCACUGACAGCUCAGCACCUGCUAAUGUGUUUGGGGUGGAACUGCACAACCUGGUGGAGAAAGAAGGUUCUGCAGCUCCAGUCCCUCUGCUGAUCCAGAAGACCGUGGCAGAGAUAGAGCGACGAGGACUAAAGGUGGUGGGUCUGUACAGACUGUGUGGUUCUGCAGCAGUGAAGAAGGAGCUCAGGGACUGGUUUGAGAGGAACAGUUCAGCUGUGUGUCUCAGCGAGGACCUCUACCCCGACAUUAAUGUCAUUACAGGUAUACUGAAGGACUACCUGCGAGAGCUGCCAUCUCCGCUUAUCACCAGGACUCUGUACCAGGUGGUCAGGGAGGCUAUGACCCUACGACCCCCAUCUGGCCCACCUGCAACCCCUGACCCUCAGCUGGCCCAAUGCACUGUGGAGCUGUUGUCCUGUCUCCCGCCUCCAGAGAGGGCCACCCUGUCUCUCUUACUGGACCACCUCAGCCUGGUGGCAUCCUACAGCUCGUCUAACAGGAUGAACCAUCAGAACCUUGCUGUCUGCUUCGGCCCUGUGCUCCUCACCCCGACCCAGGAGGCCUGGAGGGGAGGAGGAGGAGGAGGAGGGAGAGGAGGAAGAGGAGGAGGGAAAGGGCUUGGUCAUGGUGAAGAGAUAGCGAGUGCUGUGGAUUUUAAACGACACAUUGAGGCGCUGCACUACCUGCUUCAGCAGUGGCCAGUUCCGACACAUCGAAUCCCAGCAGACGACCAUACUCACACCUCCCCUCCUCCCUCCCCUGCCCUUACCCAUAACCCCCUGGGUCUUCAGCAGCAGCGGCGUCCUGCACUGCGAUUGGCUCUGCCUCAGAAUCCCGAGGAGGAGGUGGUGGUGUCACGUCGGGGUCGAGGCGGUCUGGCCCGGCUUGAGAGUCCGCCACCGAUCAACCGGUACGCCGGGGACUGGAGCGUCUGUGGACGAGACCUUCUGUCGGGACAGGAAGCCGACUAUGAUGAGGUGGCAGGAAGUGAAAGUGACGCAGGCAGCGGCGAUGAAGAGGAGGAGGAGAAGAAGAAGGUGUGGUCAUCAGGAGGAGGAGGAGGUCUCUAUGUGGACGACUUCAUGGAUUUUGACGCUCCGUUUAAUUGCCGACUCAGCCUAAAGGACUUCGACACUCUGAUCCACGACCUGGACCGAGAGCUGGCCAAACAGAUCAACAUCUGUCUGUAGUGGGGGUGGGGUGGGAGAAGAGAGGAGGAGGAGGAUGAGCAGGAUGAAGGAGAGGACCAUUGAUUCUCUCACUAUUCUCUCUCUCUCUCUCUCUCUCAGAAUGUAAAACAUUUGUUUGAAUCUGAACUUUUAAAAUUUCGAUUUUUAUCAAAUUUAUUUUUAGAAUCUUAAAAAUAAUUGCCACAGAUUUUUGCUAAAAAGCUUCUGGACAGAGGAUCCAACGACUACAACAGGGUAUGAUUGACCUCUGACCUCCUCGUAGCUUCCUCUGAUCUCUGCAGCAUCAUCAGGACACGACAGUGAAGGAAGAAUCUAUUCUUUCUAUAAAAAUGAGAAAACUCAGAUAUGAAGGAAAGUUCAGGAUGAAACGUGGACUCGUCUCUGGAGGAUGAGGGGUUGGCCAUUAACCAGAUUAAUUUAUUUCUCUGAUCCAAAAACGAAGCUUCAGAGGGAAUGUGGUGGAGGAACCACGCAUUAUUACUGAUGUUCUCCUGUGUUCUAAUGAGAAAGGUUUUUGUCACAGUGUGGACCGUGUUAGUCUUGUGGUUUUGGGUAUCAGGGACGGAUCCUGUCGGAGCUGUUUGCACUGUCAAUGCCAUAAUUUCACUUGUUGAAACUUUUAGUUGAAAACUGUCGUCGCUCUGUUGCUUCAUCCGAUCACAGCUCACUCUGCUCUACUUCGGUUCUGCUGAUUAGCUGAGCUGUUUUAGCAGUGUGUGAUGUCAGUGUCAGCUAAGUCUCAGUAACAGACUGUAGACUGAUGUGUGUGGAGCCUUCUGAGUCUGGUUCCGGUCUGAGUCUAAACCCCCCAGGACCAGAGAGUCUCCACAGAACCCUUUAGAACCUAAUGUAAAAGUGGUUCAGAAAAGGUCCAGAAGAACCAAAGAGGAACCAGAACCAGGUUCAGUCAGAGGUUAAGAGGUGCUCACACACUGAUGGACAUCUGACUCCACCCACUGACUCCACCCGGGUCUCUUGUUCCAGAGGAAUAAGAAAAAUGUUUUCAAACAAACCUGGCUCACAUUUUGUGAGUAUGUUCACUUAAUGCAGUAGAUCGCCCCCUGCAGGUCUGUGGCAGUCCUGCAGCGCCCCCUAGAGGUCUGUGGUGGUCCUGGAGCAGCGGAGCGGUGAGCAGAAGGUCUUCAGUAUUUCUUGUCGGUACAGAGUUUUAAUGUGAGCUCAGAGUCACCGUUUUUCUGACAGUAUUACUUUGUUUUGCACAAACCUCAAUAAGCACUUCUAUUUGUUAUUGAUGAGGAGGGCGUUUGCAUGGAGACGAUGUAACCAAAGUGUUGAAGCACAGUUCCUGUUGGAACAGACCACAGCAGCUGUCUGUACGUCUUAUUAACCAACAACUAUUAAACACAUUAUUAUUAUAAA